AUGCGGUGCUGUAAUCAGGUGAUGGAGUCCGUAAACAAAGUCGCGAAAAAAUCCGAUAAGCCCGCACACGUCCGUGGCGGAGAAGUGAACGGCGGCUGUGCGCUCGGUAUCGACGAGCGAACCGGGCGGUUACAGUGGUGCCCCGGGUACAGGUUCGUGCGGAUCCUGUUCGUCAUCCCUGCCGCGUUGCUUCCGAUCGGUUUGCUGUUUCUGCUGUUGUCUCGGUUUCAGGUCGUUGGCUCCGAGGCUCCGACCUAUCAGCGUGGCGGGUGCGGCGGGAUCGGCUACUUCACCGACACCAUCGGUAACGAGCUGGCGGAAGACGAAAUGAUGUCGGGCUGGGGGGGUGAACAGCGCCUCAACAGCGAGCGCUGCCAAACGCUCGCGAGCAGCGCUCCCGGUGCGGAAGUAGCCGACCUAGAGGACCGCGGUCUAUUGCGACACAUUAUGCGGACCUCGUUCGUGCCGCCGUCGCCUGAUCGCCGUGCCCAAACACCCGGCUGUCAGGAGCGAGCAGCGGACCGUGACGUUCGCGACGACGAUCUGCCAGACGAUGCCCAACGGCGGGUGAGGCGGUCUCUCGCCUGGCGGAUGGCGGACAGUAAAAGCGCCGAAAGCGUCCGGGCGCUGCAAGCACAGAUCAUGCGAAAGCACAUGGACGACAAGGCGGAUCCGUGCCAGGACUUCUACCAGUACGCGUGCGGGAACUGGGAUCAGGUCAACCCGAUCCCGAAGGACAAGGCGGCCCUCGACACGUUCGAGAUACUGCGCGAAAGUCUCGAUCUGGUGCUGAAGAACCUGCUGCUCGAUCGGGACCCGGUCGACAGUGAGCCGGAGCUACCGGACGUGGAGAAUACGCUGCCCUCCACCGUGCGCACGACAACGGCGACGGGUCCAGGGGCCAGCGAACAAUUGCGCCGGGUGCGGAAACGAAUAACGCGGCGAGCCGUGCAAAAUAAGCUGGUCAUCCGCACCACGCAAGUGAAGCGCGUACGCAAGCGGAAGGAAGUCGCCGGAGACGAUGCCGAAACGAAGGCGCGCCAUCUGUUUGCCUCCUGCAUGAACUACGGACUGAUCGAGAAACGGGGACUGGAACCGUUGCGCCAGCUACUGGACAGUCUCGGCGGCUGGCCAGUACUCGAUGGGCCCGCGUGGGAUGGCAGUAACUUCGACUGGCUAAACCUGACGGCGCACAUCCGGCGGUACAACAACGACAUUCUGAUCGUGCAGUGGGUCGGUCCGGAUAUCAAAAAUUCCGACGAAAACAUUGUUCAGUUCGAUCAAACGUCGCUCGGAUUGCCGACCCGCGACUACUACCUACAGACGGUGAACCGGAAGUACCUGGACGCGUACCGCCAGUUCAUGGUCGAGGUGAUCGAGCUACUGGAGGUGCCGACCGCGAGGGCAGAGCAGUCCGUGGAUGAGCUGAUCGAGUUCGAGGUGCAGCUUGCCAACAUUACGAACCCACCGGAGGAGCGGAACAACGUGUCCACGCUGUACCGGAAGAUGAUCCUGGAAAAUCUGCACGACGAAGUGCCGGGGAUCAACUGGACCCGUUACCUAGAGACCGUAGCCGAGCGGCCGGUCAAUGCGUCCGAUUUCGUGGUGAUGUUCGCCCUGACCUACAUGCGCGAUCUGGUGGAGUUGAUCGGCCAAACCGAAUCGCGGAUCGUGGCAAACUACAUCCUCUGGCGGUUCGUGCGCCACCGGAUCAACAAUCUGGACGAUCGCUUUCUCGGCGCGAAGCAGCGCUUCUCCAACACGCUGUUCGGGCGCGAAAAGAACCCACCCCGCUGGAAGAACUGCGUCACGCAGGUAAACGCCAACAUGGGCAUGGCCGUCGGGGCAAUGUUCGUGCGACGGUACUUCGACGAGAACAGCAAACGCGACACGCUCACGAUGACCCACGAGCUGCAGCAGGCAUUCCGCGAGUUGCUGAACCGCACCGACUGGAUCGACGGGCCAACGAAGCGGCUGGCCGAGCAGAAGGUGAACGCGAUGUCCCUCCGGAUAGGCUACCCGGAUUUUAUACUGACCCCAGACGAGCUGAACACUCGGUACGUGGGACUCGCGAUCCACCCGGAGCAGUACUUCGAGAAUACGCUCAACGUGCUCAGCCACAUCCGGCGGACGGAUCAGGAGAAGCUGGGCCAGGUGGUCAACAAGACGGCCUGGCAUACGGCCCCGGCCGUCGUCAAUGCGUACUACAGUCGCAACAAAAACCAAAUCAUGUUCCCGGCCGGCAUCCUGCAGCCGCCGUUCUACCAUCGGCACUUCCCGAAAUCGAUCAACUACGGUGGCAUCGGUGUGGUGAUCGGACACGAGCUGACCCACGGGUUCGACGACAAGGGCCGGUUGUUUGAUCGCGACGGCAACCUAUACCGCUGGUGGAGCGACAGCGCCAUCGAGGCGUUCCACGAGCGGGCCGCCUGUCUGGUGCAGCAGUACGGCAAGUACACGAUCGACGAGAUCGGGGUGCAGCUGGACGGAGAAAACACGCAGGGCGAGAACAUUGCCGACAACGGUGGCAUCAAGCAGGCGUUCCUCGCCUACACCCGCUGGCUGGAGGAGCAGACCGAUCCGCGGGUGCUGGAGCAGGAAGUGCUGCCCGGUCUCAACGUCACCAACCGGCAGCUGUUCUUCCUGAACUUUGCCCAGAUCUGGUGCGGUGCGAUGCGGCCCGAGGCGACGCGCAGUAAGCUGAAGACGGCCGUCCAUAGCCCGGGCCGGUUUCGCGUGAUCGGGACACUGACGAACUCGGCGGAUUUUGCUCGCGAAUACAGCUGCCCGCUCGGGAGCGUCAUGAAUCCGGCCGAAAAGUGUAGCGUCUGGUAGGUCUGGUGGGCGGGCUCCCUCCGAAGGUCGAUUCUGAUUAAUUUGUUUUAUUUUGUAAAUAAAACCUCAUUCGUUACUGUCACGGAAACCCGAGAACCCUCUGGCUGGUGCGCGUGUGGGGGCAUUGGGCGUAGAUCGAAGGCAAAGGGAAGAUUCGCACGGCAAACAGCAAUAUGUCCGCUCUUCCGGUACACACUCUAGGCACGGUUGUGCGUAUCUGUUUCACGCGACACGGUUGACACGACCUACAGAUAAUGCCGUGCAUGCGGUUUACAUAUUGGCAGCUUUGGCCACAAAACAGCUUCUGACACCGUGUGUACAAUGGUGUCUAGCUCGAGCAGUUAAUUGAAACAAAUUCUUCCUCCAUCGACGCGACGGGGUUUGAAUGUUUGUCGCCUUCGUUAGCCCGCGUCGGAUCGCCGUUAUCCAAUUUAACCCACCCGGUACCUCAAUUUCAGCGAGGUCGAAUCGCUUUCGUUGGGGCCAGCGAGACACCGGAGGCGCUACCGUAACGACGGGAUUAACUGAUAACUUGCUCGAUCCAAUAUUUCUUGCAGAUAAAUUGAAGAAUUAUUGUGGCUAUGUUGACGUACCCGAAAGCAUCGCACGAAACAUCAAACGAUUUGCGCUCUCGUUGAGGUCAGGGUCAGUUUUGUUGAGUAGCCUGUUUGCCGACGUAUAGGACAUGUAAGGGUUAUUAUAUGAGUGCAUUGGUGUUUUAUAUAAGUCAUUAUUUCAUUUAACAAUGUUAUGCGAAUGGUUAUUUUGACGAGUACAUCCCCGCUGUUUACCUUUCUUUGUUUUCUGUUAAGCAAAAUAAAGACAGAAGCAUGAGG